AUCGAUGAGUCUGUUAAUUGCUGUCGCCUUUUGCCCACAGCCGGCUACGACCAGUUUCUGCUGAGUCAGUUGGCCAUCGUGCCCGAGAGUCUGUACAACCGGAUCGCCGCCGUCGACCGACUUACCAACGUCGAGGGGGUCCGUCUGCCGCCGCAGCCACGAGUCGGCUGGCGUCUGGUGGCCGGUUCCAGUCGAGCUCUGCCGCAACCCGCCGGGCUGGUGCCUGCGGAGGAAGCGCGAGUGCCGACUCGGCCGAUCUCUCCAACCGCAACCGCAACCGCAACCGCAACCGCAAUUGCGAAUGGCGGCGCAUCUGCCGCCGGGGCCGUCUUGAGUUGGCCGGCGUGGGCGGGAGUCUGCUCGGACGCCUUCGGUCGGUACCAAAAUGCACCGUCGUCCGAUCAACCGCCCGUUCAGCCGGUCGACCGGCCCGGCUCGGAUUGGUCACCGUUGGCGCCCACUGCGCGAUCCGCUGCCCGUUGCCACGGCGACGAGCGGACGCCUCAGCUUCAGGUCACUCUGAACGGCAGCCUGUUUGCGCUCGACUGUCUGUUGGCCGACACCGCAUGGCCCGGACAUGUGCACCGAGCCCUGUUGCCGCACUGGCCGGUCACCCUCAGAAUGCGCAUCUUCUUUGUCCGACGCCAGUCGACCGACUGUGGUGACUCCAUUGCCGCCUGCUUCAGAGCCACUCGCCUCACAAGUACGUAUCACCUCAUCCUUUCACUCGUUCGUCAUUUUUUUUUUAUUUUCGCCUUGAAUUUCACUCUUCAUCGCCUCGCUUGA